AGGGUACUUGGCUUAGGUGAGAUGCAUGUACGUUAUAACCGCUAAAUCUAGUAUGUAUGUUACCAUCUUUGGGUAGGUACUGGACUCGGCUUUCAAAGUUCUAAAUAUUAUUAAAUUUUCCCAUUUAAAAUUACUAAAGAGUUUGUUAUACAUAUCUAUUGUAAACUGGGUGUCAAGUUUGUCAGUAAUAGUCAUAAUGUUUAUCAACAGAAUAUUUUUGUAGGCAUGCCUUUUUAUAAAAAGCAAAGAAAUUUUACUCCUCUGCUGGUAGCAGCUGAAAAAAAGUCAAUCAAAAAUGGUGUACACCAUGCUAUAUUUACGUCUAGGUUCGAUAAAUAUGUAGGCGACUGGAAAAACGAUUUGAAAGAAGGUAAGGGUCUAUUCCAAACCAUAAGUGGAAAAUUAUAUGAAGGAGAUUGGCAUAAAGGAUUCAGACACGGCUUCGGUACUCUCAGCAAUCGCCUUCCGAAUGGUACGUACAGUUUAGAAUACCGCGGAGAAUGGAUACGAGGCAAGCCUGAAGGAGUCGGUUGGCGGUACCAUGACAAUGGAGACAUAUAUUUCGGCUUUUGGAAGAAAGGUUGUCGACAUGGUUACGGCAAGAUGUGGUACGCUAAUGGGACAUUGUACGUUGGAUAUUGGAAUAUGAACAAAAGAUCGGGGAUGGGUAUGUUUGUCCAGUUAAACGGUAAUCGAUACGAAGGCCAUUGGGAGAACGACGAGAAGAGCGGCAUCGGUCGAUUCUACCACAUGCACACCGGACAGCUGCAGGAAGGAUGCUGGACGGGAGACGUCUGCAUCAGGUCUAAGAUGACCGACAUAAUUAUAAGACAAUUCUGCGACUUACCGACAGAAUAUCCUAUACCACCAGUUGAACUGAAAAAUGCAAAAAUAAUUUUGGAGAACAGCAUGUUAUGGUUGAAACAUAAGAUAGGCGAAAUUGACAACAACUUGAAAUACUGUAUCGAUCAAAUGUAUUAGUUGUCCUUAAUCAUACAAAACAAAUGUAACAUUGUAAAUUAUUUUCUUUAUACAAAACUCUACAUGAUUUACGUAAAAUUCUAAUAUUAAAUAUAAUGUCAUUACGAUAUCACAGCUUACUAAACUUAUUUUAUGGAUUAAGUAGCAGUCAAUAUCUUAUUGCGUCGCAUUUCCACCUCGAUUCGCUGCAUUGGCGAGAGCGCAUUACACAUUAUCGCGUGUAUUUAAUUUGUUAAGAGGAUCUUUAAGAAAAAAAAA